GCCAGCCGCAUCCACAUCUUCCACGCAGCACCUUCUUCCGCCACUCCCCACCACUUGAAAUUCCCCCCUCCAGGAUUACAAAUCCCAAAUUAAAAAAAACAAAACAAAAAGAAAAGAUGUCGCUGGAGUACGCCGCGGGGCCGCGCUCGCUCCAGAUUCUCGCCCUCCUCCCGGCAGCGAUUCUCGCCUCCCCUCACCAGCGACGCUCCGGCGCCGCCGCCGCCGCCGCCGUCGCUCCGCGGCGCCGCCGCCGGGCCCGGCUCGUCCUCAUCGCCGGCGCCGCCGACUCCUCCGGAGCCUCCUCCUCCGCCGCCCCCGGCAAGGCCACCGUCGAGGACGACCAGUUCUCCCUCGCCAAAAUAUCGUUCGGUGUGAUCGGUUUAGCAGUUGGUGGCUCGCUUCUCUCUUAUGGGUUCGGAGCAUAUUUCAGUAUCUUUCCUGGUUCUGAGUGGUCUGCUCUGAUGCUGACUUAUGGGUUUCCUCUUUCAAUUAUUGGCAUGGCCUUGAAGUAUGCAGAAUUGAAACCGGUUCCGUGCAUAACUUAUGCAGAUGCACAAGCCUUGAGAGAGACCUGCGCUACUCCUAUUCUCAAACAGACUGAAGUGUUUGCUUUAUGGGCUAGAAGUUCAUUUCAGCCUUCCCUCAUAGCAGAAGCAGCUAAAUUUUUGUUUGUGAGGGAUGAUGUCAUACGCUAUCGCUAUGGUGAUGAGCAACAUUUGGAUGAGGCCCUGAAGCGAAUUUUCCAGUAUGGCCAGGGUGGCGGCAUCUCGCGGCGUAGUGCUCCUACUUUACAAUUGAUCCGUGAAGAAGUCACAGAGGAUGGAAAGUAUUGUUUAGUCCUCGUGUUUAAAGCGAAAGCUUUGCAGUUAUCAGAUUUUGAGCAGAGACAAGCGAAGUUUGCUUCGUUUUUCGGGCCAGGAAUUGCUGCGGAAAUUGGAAAAGGAGAAGAUGAUCUAUACGAAGUUCGCCUUAUUUCGCAGACAACAACAUAACCAAGAUCACUGAGUGUAGAUUACUUGUUUAUAGCUUUAUACCACACAUCUUCCUCAUUUAUGUUCUAUAUUUUUAAUCUUUUUUCCUUUUAUGCUUAUUUAUUUAUAUUGAGCCUCUUUUGCAAGUGCUUACAGUUUUAUAUAGCUGAAAACUUGUAGUCAGAAACCAUUGCUUUGGUGUGAUGAGAAUAUCAGUCAAUUAUGUCUUUUUAAUAAGGCUUCUGAUAAUAAUCUAUUUACUUUUAAAAUA